AUGUCUAGCGAAACAAGCAGCACUGUCACACAAGAGCCUGACAGCACCGUCACUAUGGCCACUAGUGGCAUGGUUGACACUACCACACCUCUCAGCGAUGACACAUCAGCAACCGAGACAGGUUCUGGCCUUACAGAGGAGCCAUUCACUGCAAUGGUCACCUCUUCUGGAGAUGAAGUUUCUAGCGGAACAACCGAGUAUGCAACUAGUGGUAUGACCUACACUACCACACCUCUCAGCGUUGACAUAUCAGAAACCAAGACUGGUUCUGGCCUUACAGAGGAGCCCUUCACUGCAUCUGGAGAUGAAACAAGCAGCACUGUCACACAAGAGCCUGACAGCACCGUCCCUAUGGCAACAAGUACAAUUCCGGAGGGGACAUCAUCGGGUGAUGAAGAGUCUGGUGUGACGGAGGAAAUGAUAACAUCCUCUGGGGAAGAAACAACAUCCUCGGAUACAGUGGAGACAAUGUCGCCGCCUACCUCAGACACAUCCACUCCAGAAGAAGGAUCCCCUGUAACUGAGGAAAUGAUCACCUCUUCUGGAGAUGAAGUGUCCAGCGGAACAACCGAGUAUGCCACAAGUGGCAUGACUGACACUACCACACCUCUCAGGGAUGACACAUCAGCAACCGAGACUGGUUCUGGCCUUACAGAGGAGCCAUUCACUGCAUCUGGAGAUGAAACAAGCAGCACUGUCACACAAGAGCCUGACAGCACCGUCACUAUGGCAACAAGUACAAUUCAGGAGGGGACAUCAUCGGGUGAUGAAGAGUCUGGUGUGACGGAGGAAAUGAUAACAUCCUCUGGGGAAGAAACAACAUCCUCGGAUACAGCGGAGUCAAUGUCGCCGUCUACCUCUGUCACAUCCUCUCCAGAAGAAGGAUCCCCUGUCACUGAGGAAAUGGUCACCUCUUCUGGAGAUGAAGUUUCCAGCGGAACAACCGAGUAUGCCACAAGUGGCAUGACUGACACUACCACACCUCUCAGCGUUGACACAUCAGCAACCGAGACUGGUUCGGGCCUUACAGAGGAGCCAUUCACUACAUCUGGAGAUGAAACAAGCAGCACUGUCACACAAGAGCCUGACAGCACCGUCCCUAUGGCAACAAGUACAAUUCCGGAGGGGACAUCAUCGGGUGAUGAAGAGUCUGGUGUGACGGAGGAAAUGAUAACAUCCUCUGGGGAAAAAACAACAUCCUCGGAUACAGUGGAGACAAUGUCGCCGCCUACCUCUGUCACAUCCACUCCAGAAGAAUCAUACCCUGUAACUGAGGAAAUGGUCACCUCUUCCGGAGAUGAAGUUUCCAGCGGAACAACCGAGUAUGCCACAAGUGGCAUGACUGACACUACCACACCUCUCAGCGUUGACACAUCAGCAACCGAGACUGGUUCUGGCCUUACAGAGGAGCCCUUCACUGCAUCUGGAGAUGAGACAAGCAGCACUGUCACACAAGAGCCUGACAGCACCGUCACUAUGGCAACAAGUACAAUUCCGGAGGGGACAUCAUCGGGUGAUGAAGAGUCUGGUGUGACGGAGGAAAUGAUAACAUCCUCUGGGGAAGAAACAACAUCCUCGGAUACAGUGGAGACAAUGUCGCCGCCUACCUCAGUCACAUCCACUCCAGAAGAAGGAUCCCCUGUAACUGAGGAAAUGGUCACCUCUUCUGGAGAUGAGGUUUCCAGUGGAGCAACUGAGUAUGCCACAAGUGGCAUGACUGACACUACCACACCUCUCAGGGAUGACACAUCAGCAACCGAGACUGGUUCUGGCCUUACAGAGGAGCCAUUCACUGCAUCUGGAGAUGAAACAAGCAGCACUGUCACACAAGAGCCUGACAGCACCGUCACUAUGGCAACAAGUACAAUUCAGGAGGGGACAUCAUCGGGUGAUGAAGAGUCUGGUGUGACGGAGGAAAUGAUAACAUCUUCUGGGGAAGAAACAACAUCCUCGGAUACAGCGGAGUCAAUGUCGCCGUCUACCUCUGUCACAUCCUCUCCAGAAGAAGGAUCCCCUGUCACUGAGGAAAUGGUCACCUCUUCUGGAGAUGAAGUUUCCAGCGGAACAACCGAGUAUGCCACAAGUGGCAUGACUGACACUACCACACCUCUCAGCGUUGACACAUCAGCAACCGAGACUGGUUCGGGCCUUACAGAGGAGCCAUUCACUACAUCUGGAGAUGAAACAAGCAGCACUGUCACACAAGAGCCUGACAGCACCGUCCCUAUGGCAACAAGUACAAUUCCGGAGGGGACAUCAUCGGGUGAUGAAGAGUCUGGUGUGACGGAGGAAAUGAUAACAUCCUCUGGGGAAAAAACAACAUCCUCGGAUACAGUGGAGACAAUGUCGCCGCCUACCUCUGUCACAUCCACUCCAGAAGAAUCAUACCCUGUAACUGAGGAAAUGGUCACCUCUUCCGGAGAUGAAGUUUCCAGCGGAACAACCGAGUAUGCCACAAGUGGCAUGACUGACACUACCACACCUCUCAGCGUUGACACAUCAGCAACCGAGACUGGUUCUGGCCUUACAGAGGAGCCCUUCACUGCAUCUGGAGAUGAGACAAGCAGCACUGUCACACAAGAGCCUGACAGCACCGUCACUAUGGCAACAAGUACAAUUCCGGAGGGGACAUCAUCGGGUGAUGAAGAGUCUGGUGUGACGGAGGAAAUGAUAACAUCCUCUGGGGAAGAAACAACAUCCUCGGAUACAGUGGAGACAAUGUCGCCGCCUACCUCAGUCACAUCCACUCCAGAAGAAGGAUCCCCUGUAACUGAGGAAAUGGUCACCUCUUCUGGAGAUGAAGUUUCCAGUGGAGCAACUGAGUAUGCCACAAGUGGCAUGACUGACACUACCACACCUCUCAGCGAUGACACAUCAGCAACCGAGACUGGUUCUGGUCUUACAGAGGAGCCCUUCACUGCAUCUGGAGAUGAAACAAGCAGCACUGUCACACAAGAGCCUGACAGCACCGUCACUAUGGCAACAAGUACAAUUCCGGAGGGGACAUCAUCGGGUGAUGAAGAGUCUGGUGUGACGGAGGAAAUGAUAACAUCCUCUGGGGAAGAAACAACAUCCUCGGAUACAGUGGAGACAAUGUCGCCGCCUACCUCAGUCACAUCCACUCCAGAAGAAGGAUCCCCUGUAACUGAGGAAAUGGUCACCUCUUCUGGAGAUGAAGUUUCUAGCGGAACAACCGAGUAUGCAACUAGUGGUAUGACCUACACUACCACACCUCUCAGCGUUGACAUAUCAGAAACCAAGACUGGUUCUGGCCUUACAGAGGAGCCCUUCACUGCAUCUGGAGAUGAAACAAGCAGCACUGUCACACAAGAGCCUGACAGCACCGUCCCUAUGGCAACAAGUACAAUUCCGGAGGGGACAUCAUCGGGUGAUGAAGAGUCUGGUGUGACGGAGGAAAUGAUAACAUCCUCUGGGGAAGAAACAACAUCCUCGGAUACAGUGGAGACAAUGUCGCCGCCUACCUCAGUCACAUCCACUCCAGAAGAAGGAUCCCCUGUAACUGAGGAAAUGAUCACCUCUUCUGGAGAUGAAGUGUCCAGCGGAACAACCGAGUAUGCCACAAGUGGCAUGACUGACACUACCACACCUCUCAGGGAUGACACAUCAGCAACCGAGACUGGUUCUGGCCUUACAGAGGAGCCAUUCACUGCAUCUGGAGAUGAAACAAGCAGCACUGUCACACAAGAGCCUGACAGCACCGUCACUAUGGCAACAAGUACAAUUCAGGAGUGGACAUCAUCGGGUGAUGAAGAGUCUGGUGUGACGGAGGAAAUGAUAACAUCUUCUGGGGAAGAAACAACAUCCUCGGAUACAGCGGAGUCAAUGUCGCCGUCUACCUCUGUCACAUCCUCUCCAGAAGAAGGAUCCCCUGUCACUGAGGAAAUGGUCACCUCUUCUGGAGAUGAAGUUUCCAGCGGAACAACCGAGUAUGCCACAAGUGGCAUGACUGACACUACCACACCUCUCAGCGAUGACACAUCAGCAACCGAGACUGGUUCGGGCCUUACAGAGGAGCCAUUCACUACAUCUGGAGAUGAAACAAGCAGCACUGUCACACAAGAGCCUGACAGCACCGUCCCUAUGGCAACAAGUACACUUCCGGAGGGGACAUCAUCGGGUGAUGAAGAGUCUGGUGUGACGGAGGAAAUGAUAACAUCCUCUGGGGAAAAAACAACAUCCUCGGAUACAGUGGAGACAAUGUCGCCGCCUACCUCUGUCACAUCCACUCCAGAAGAAUCAUACCCUGUAACUGAGGAAAUGGUCACCUCUUCCGGAGAUGAAGUUUCCAGCGGAACAACCGAGUAUGCCACAAGUGGCAUGACUGACACUACCACACCUCUCAGCGUUGACACAUCAGCAACCGAGACUGGUUCUGGUCUUACAGAGGAGCCCUUCACUGCAUCUGGAGAUGAGACAAGCAGCACUGUCACACAAGAGCCUGACAGCACCGUCACUAUGGCAACAAGUACAAUUCCGGAGGGGACAUCAUCGGGUGAUGAAGAGUCUGGUGUGACGGAGGAAAUGAUAACAUCCUCUGGGGAAGAAACAACAUCCUCGGAUACAGUGGAGACAAUGUCGCCGCCUACCUCAGUCACAUCCACUCCAGAAGAAGGAUCCCCUGUAACUGAGGAAAUGGUCACCUCUUCUGGAGAUGAAGUUUCCAGUGGAGCAACUGAGUAUGCCACAAGUGGCAUGACUGACACUACCACACCUCUCAGCGAUGACACAUCAGCAACCGAGACUGGUUCUGGUCUUACAGAGGAGCCCUUCACUGCAUCUGGAGAUGAAACAAGCAGCACUGUCACACAAGAGCCUGACAGCACCGUCACUAUGGCAACAAGUACAAUUCCGGAGGGGACAUCAUCGGGUGAUGAAGAGUCUGGUGUGACGGAAGAAAUGAUAACAUCCUCUGGGGAAGAAACAACAUCCUCGGAUACAGUGGAGACAAUGUCGCCGCCUACCUCAGUCACAUCCACUCCAGAAGAAGGAUCCCCUGUAACUGAGGAAAUGGUCACCUCUUCUGAAGAUGAAGUGUCCAGCGGAAUAACCGAGUAUGUCACAAGUGGCAUGACUGACAUUACCACACCUCUCAGCGUUGACACAUCAGCAACCGAGACUGGUUCUGGUCUUACAGAGGAGCCCUUCACUGCAUCUGAGGAUGAAACAAGCGGCACUGUCACACAAGAGCCUGACAGCACCGUCCCUAUGGCAACAAGUACAAUUCCGGAGGGGACAUCAUCGGGUGAUGAAGAGUCUGGUGUGACGGAGGAAAUGAUAACAUCCUCUGGGGAAGAAACAACAUCCUCGGAUACAGUGGAGACAAUGUCGCCGCCUACCUCAGUCACAUCCACUCCAGAAGAAGGAUCCCCUGUAACUGAGGAAAUGGUCACCUCUUCUGGAGAUGAAGUUUCCAGUGGAGCAACUGAGUAUGCCACAAGUGGCAUGACUGACACUACCACACCUCUCAGCGAUGACACAUCAGCAACCGAGACUGGUUCUGGUCUUACAGAGGAGCCCUUCACUGCAUCUGGAGAUGAAACAAGCAGCACUGUCACACAAGAGCCUGACAGCACCGUCACUAUGGCAACAAGUACAAUUCCGGAGGGGACAUCAUCGGGUGAUGAAGAGUCUGGUGUGACGGAAGAAAUGAUAACAUCCUCUGGGGAAGAAACAACAUCCUCGGAUACAGUGGAGACAAUGUCGCCGCCUACCUCAGUCACAUCCACUCCAGAAGAAGGAUCCCCUGUAACUGAGGAAAUGGUCACCUCUUCUGGAGAUGAAGUUUCCAGUGGAGCAAAUGAGUAUGCCACAAGUGGCAUGACUGACAUUACCACACCUCUCAGCGAUGACACAUCAGCAACCGAGACUGGUUCUGGUCUUACAGAGGAGCCCUUCACUGCAUCUGGAGAUGAAACAAGCAGCACUGUCACACAAGAGCCUGACAGCACCGUCCCUAUGGCAACAAGUACAAUUCCGGAGGGGACAUCAUCGGGUGAUGAAGAGUCUGGUGUGACGGAGGAAAUGAUAACAUCCUCUGGGGAAGAAACAACAUCCUCGGAUACAGUGGAGACAAUGUCGCCGCCUACCUCAGUCACAUCCACUCCAGAAGAAGGAUCCCCUGUAACUGAGGAAAUGAUAACCUCUUCGGGAGAUGAAGUUUCCAGCGGAGCAACUGAGUAUGCCACAAGUGGCAUGACUGACAUUACCACACCUCUCAGCGAUGACACAUCAGCAACCGAGACUGGUUCUGGUCUUACAGAGGAGCCCUUCACUGCAUCUGGAGAUGAGACAAGCAGCACUGUCACACAAGAGCCUGACAGCACCGUCACUAUGGCAACAAGUACAAUUCCGGAGGGGACAUCAUCGGGUGAUGAAGAGUCUGGUGUGACGGAGGAAAUGAUAACAUCCUCUGGGGAAGAAACAACAUCCUCGGAUACAGUGGAGACAAUGUCGCCGCCUACCUCAGUCACAUCCACUCCAGAAGAAGGAUCCCCUGUAACUGAGAAAAUGGUCACCUCUUCUGGAGAUGAAGUUUCCAGUGGAGCAACUGAGUAUGCCACAAGUGGCAUGACUGACAUUACCACACCUCUCAGCGAUGACACAUCAGCAAUCGAGACUGGUUCUGGUCUUACAGAGGAGCCCUUCACUGCAUCUGGAGAUGAAACAAGCAGCACUGUCACACAAGAGCCUGACAGCACCGUCACUAUGGCAACAAGUACAAUUCCGGAGGGGACAUCAUCGGGUGAUGAAGAGUCUGGUGUGACGGAGGAAAUGAUAACAUCCUCUGGGGAAGAAACAACAUCCUCGGAUACAGUGGAGACAAUGUCGCCGCCUACCUCAGUCACAUCCACUCCAGAAGAAGGAUCCCCUGUAACUGAGGAAAUGGUCACCUCUUCUGAAGAUGAAGUGUCCAGCGGAACAACCGAGUAUGUCACAAGUGGCAUGACUGACAUUACCACACCUCUCAGCGUUGACACAUCAGCAACCGAGACUGGUCCUGGCCUUACAGAGGAGCCAUUCACUGCAUCUGGAGAUGAAACAAGCAGCACUGUCACACAAGAGCCUGACAGCACCGUCACUAUGGCAACAAGUACAAUUCCGGAGGGGACAUCAUCGGGUGAUGAAGAGUCUGGUGUGACGGAGGAAAUGAUAACAUCCUCUGGGGAAGAAACAACAUCCUCGGAUACAGUGGAGACAAUGUCGCCGCCUACCUCAGUCACAUCCACUCCAGAAGAAGGAUCCCCUGUAACUGAGGAAAUGGUCACCUCUUCUGGAGAUGAAGUGUCCAGCGGAACAACCGAGUAUGCCACAAGUGGCAUGACUGACACUACCACACCUCUCAGCGAUGACACAUCAGCAAUCGAGACUGGUUCUGGCCUUACAGAGGAGCCAUUCACUGCAUCUGGAGAUGAAACAAGCAGCACUGUCACACAAGAGCCUGACAGCACCGUAACUAUGGCAACAAGUACAAUUCCGGAGGGGACAUCAUCGGGUGAUGAAGAGUCUGGUGUGACGGAGGAAAUGAUAACAUCCUCUGGGGAAGAAACAACAUCCUCGGAUACAGUGGAGACAAUGUCGCCGCCUACCUCAGUCACAUCCACUCCAGAAGAAGGAUCCCCUGUAACUGAGGAAAUGGUCACCUCUUCUGGAGAUGAAGUGUCCAGCGGAAUAACCGAGUAUGUCACAAGUGGCAUGACUGACACUACCACACCUCUCAGCGUUGACACAUCAGCAACCGAGACUGGUUCUGGUCUUACAGAGGAGCCCUUCACUGCAUCUGGAGAUGAAACAAGCAGCACUGUCACACAAGAGCCUGACAGCACCGUCACUAUGGCAACAAGUACAAUUCCGGAGGGGACAUCAUCGGGUGAUGAAGAGUCUGGUGUGACGGAGGAAAUGAUAACAUCCUCUGGGGAAGAAACAACAUCCUCGGAUACAGUGGAGACAAUGUCGCCGCCUACCUCAGUCACAUCCACUCCAGAAGAAGGAUCCCCUGUAACUGAGGAAAUGGUCACCUCUUCUGGAGAUGAAGUGUCCAGCGGAAUAACCGAGUAUGUCACAAGUGGCAUGACUGACACUACCACACCUCUCAGCGUUGACACAUCAGCAACCGAGACUGGUUCUGGUCUUACAGAGGAGCCCUUCACUGCAUCUGGAGAUGAAACAAGCAGCACUGUCACACAAGAGCCUGACAGCACCGUCACUAUGGCAACAAGUACAAUUCCGGAGGGGACAUCAUCGGGUGAUGAAGAGUCUGGUGUGACGGAGGAAAUGAUAACAUCCUCUGGGGAAGAAACAACAUCCUCGGAUACAGUGGAGACAAUGUCGCCGCCUACCUCAGUCACAUCCACUCCAGAAGAAGGAUCCCCUGUAACUGAGGAAAUGGUCACCUCUUCUGGAGAUGAAGUGUCCAGCGGAAUAACCGAGUAUGUCACAAGUGGCAUGACUGACACUACCACACCUCUCAGCGUUGACACAUCAGCAACCGAGACUGGUUCUGGUCUUACAGAGGAGCCCUUCACUGCAUCUGGAGAUGAAACAAGCAGCACUGUCACACAAGAGCCUGACAGCACCGUCACUAUGGCAACAAGUACAAUUCCGGAGGGGACAUCAUCGGGUGAUGAAGAGUCUGGUGUGACGGAGGAAAUGAUAACAUCCUCUGGGGAAGAAACAACAUCCUCGGAUACAGUGGAGACAAUGUCGCCGCCUACCUCAGUCACAUCCACUCCAGAAGAAGGAUCCCCUGUAACUGAGGAAAUGAUAACCUCUUCGGGAGAUGAAGUUUCCAGCGGAGCAACUGAGUAUGCCACAAGUGGCAUGACUGACAUUACCACACCUCUCAGCGAUGACACAUCAGCAACCGAGACUGGUUCUGGUCUUACAGAUGAGCCCUUUGCUGCAUCUGGAGAUGAGACAAGCAGCACUGUCACACAAGAGCCUGACAGCACCGUCACUAUGGCAACAAGUACAAUUCCGGAGGGGACAUCAUCGGGUGAUGAAGAGUCUGGUGUGACGGAGGAAAUGAUAACAUCCUCUGGGGAAGAAACAACAUCAUCGGAUACAGUGGAGACAAUGUCGCCGCCUACCUCAGUCACAUCCACUCCAGAAGAAGGAUCCCCUGUAACUGAGGAAAUGGUCACCUCUUCUGGAGAUGAAGUUUCCAGUGGAGCAACUGAGUAUGCCACAAGUGGCAUGACUGACAUUACCACACCUCUCAGCGAUGACACAUCAGCAACCGAGACUGGUUCUGGUCUUACAGAGGAGCCCUUCACUGCAUCUGGAGAUGAAACAAGCAACACUGUCACACAAGAGCCUGACAGCACCGUCACUAUGGCAACAAGUACAAUUCCGGAGGGGACAUCAUCGGGUGAUGAAGAGUCUGGUGUGACGGAGGAAAUGAUAACAUCCUCUGGGGAAGAAACAACAUCCUCGGAUACAGUGGAGACAAUGUCGCCGCCUACCUCAGUCACAUCCACUCCAGAAGAAGGAUCCCCUGUAACUGAGGAAAUGGUCACCUCUUCUGGAGAUGAAGUGUCCAGCGGAAUAACCGAGUAUGUCACAAGUGGCAUGACUGACACUACCACACCUCUCAGCGUUGACACAUCAGCAACCGAGACUGGUUCUGGUCUUACAGAGGAGCCCUUCACUGCAUCUGGAGAUGAAACAAGCAGCACUGUCACACAAGAGCCUGACAGCACCGUCACUAUGGCAACAAGUACAAUUCCGGAGGGGACAUCAUCGGGUGAUGAAGAGUCUGGUGUGACGGAGGAAAUGAUAACAUCCUCUGGGGAAGAAACAACAUCCUCGGAUACAGUGGAGACAAUGUCGCCGCCUACCUCAGUCACAUCCACUCCAGAAGAAGGAUCCCCUGUAACUGAGGAAAUGGUCACCUCUUCUGGAGAUGAAGUGUCCAGCGGAAUAACCGAGUAUGUCACAAGUGGCAUGACUGACACUACCACACCUCUCAGCGUUGACACAUCAGCAACCGAGACUGGUUCUGGUCUUACAGAGGAGCCCUUCACUGCAUCUGGAGAUGAAACAAGCAGCACUGUCACACAAGAGCCUGACAGCACCGUCACUAUGGCAACAAGUACAAUUCCGGAGGGGACAUCAUCGGGUGAUGAAGAGUCUGGUGUGACGGAGGAAAUGAUAACAUCCUCUGGGGAAGAAACAACAUCCUCGGAUACAGUGGAGACAAUGUCGCCGCCUACCUCAGUCACAUCCACUCCAGAAGAAGGAUCCCCUGUAACUGAGGAAAUGGUCACCUCUUCUGGAGAUGAAGUGUCCAGCGGAAUAACCGAGUAUGUCACAAGUGGCAUGACUGACAUUACCACACCUCUCAGCGAUGACACAUCAGCAACCGAGACUGGUUCUGGUCUUACAGAUGAGCCCUUUGCUGCAUCUGGAGAUGAGACAAGCAGCACUGUCACACAAGAGCCUGACAGCACCGUCACUAUGGCAACAAGUACAAUUCCGGAGGGGACAUCAUCGGGUGAUGAAGAGUCUGGUGUGACGGAGGAAAUGAUAACAUCCUCUGGGGAAGAAACAACAUCCUCGGAUACAGUGGAGACAAUGUCGCCGCCUACCUCAGUCACAUCCACUCCAGAAGAAGGAUCCCCUGUAACUGAGGAAAUGGUCACCUCUUCUGAAGAUGAAGUGUCCAGCGGAACAACCGAGUAUGCCACAAGUGGCAUGACUGACACUACCACACCUCUCAGCGUUGACACAUCAGCAACCGAGACUGGUUCUGGCCUUACAGAGGAGCCAUUCACUGCAUCUGGAGAUGAAACAAGCAGCACUGUCACACAAGAGCCUGACAGCACCGUAACUAUGGCAACAAGUACAAUUCCGGACGGGACAUCAUCGGGUGAUGAAGAGUCUGGUGUGACGGAGGAAAUGCUAACAUCCUCUGGGGAAGAAACAACAUCCUCGGAUACAGUGGAGACAAUGUCGCCGCCUACCUCAGUCACAUCCACUCCAGAAGAAGGAUCCCCUGUAACUGAGGAAAUGGUCACCUCUUCUGGAGAUGAAGUGUCCAGCGGAACAACCGAGUAUGCCACAAGUGGCAUGACUGACACUACCACACCUCUCAGCGAUGACACAUCAGCAACCGAGACUGGUUCUGGCCUUACAGAGGAGCCAUUCACUGCAUCUGGAGAUGAAACAAGCAGCACUGUCACACAAGGGCCUGACAGCACCGUAACUAUGGCAACAAGUACAAUUCCGGAGGGGACAUCAUCGGGUGAUGAAGAGUCUGGUGUGACGGAGGAAAUGCUAACAUCCUCUGGGGAAGAAACAACAUCCUCGGAUACAGUGGAGACAAUGUCGCCGCCUACCUCAGUCACAUCCACUCCAGAAGAAGGAUCCCCUGUAACUGAGGAAAUGGUCACCUCUUCUGGAGAUGAAGUGUCCAGCGGAACAACCGAGUAUGUCACAAGUGGCAUGACUGACACUACCACACCUCUCAGCGAUGACACAUCAGCAAUCGAGACUGGUUCUGGCCUUACAGAGGAGCCCUUCACUGCAUCUGGAGAUGAAACAAGCAGCACUGUCACACAAGAGCCUGACAGCACCGUCACUAUGGCAACAAGUACAAUUCCGGAGGGGACAUCAUCGGGUGAUGAAGAGUCUGGUGUGACGGAGGAAAUGAUAACAUCCUCUGGGGAAGAAACAACAUCCUCGGAUACAGUGGAGACAAUGUCGCCGCCUACCUCAGUCACAUCCACUCCAGAAGAAGGAUCCCCUGUAACUGAGGAAAUGGUCACCUCUUCUGGAGAUGAAGUUUCCAGCGGAACAACCGAGUAUGCCACAAGUGGGAUGACUGAUACUACCACACCUCUCAGCGAUGACACAUCAGCAACCGAGACUGGUUCUGGUCUUACAGAGGAGCCCUUCACUGCAUCUGGAGAUGAAACAAGCAGCACUGUCACACAAGAGCCUGACAGCUCCGUAACUAUGGCAACAAGUACAAUUCCGGAGGGGACAUCAUCGGGUGACGAAGAGUCUAGUGUGACCGAGGAAAUGAUAACAUCCUCUGGGGAAGAAACAACAUCCUCGGAUACAGUGGAGACAAUGUCGCCGCCUACCUCAGUCACAUCCACUCCAGAAGAAGGAUCCCCUGUAACUGAGGAAAUGGUCACCUUUUCUGGAGAUGAAGUUUCCAGCGGAACAACCGAGUAUGCCACAAGUGGCAUGACUGACACUACCACACCUCUCAGCGUUGACACAUCAGCAACCGAGACUGGUUCUGGUCUUACAGAGGAGCCCUUCACUGCAUCUGGAGAUGAAACAAGCAGCACUGUCACACAAGAGCUUGACAGCACCGUCACUAUGGCAACAAGUACAAUUCCGGAGGGGACAUCAUCGGGUGAUGAAGAGUCUGGUGUGACGGAGGAAAUUAUAACAUCCUCUGGGGAAGAAACAACACCCUCGGAUACAGUGGAGACAAUGUCGCCGCCUACCUCAGUCACAUCCACUCCAGAAGAAGGAUCCCCUGUAACUGAGGAAAUGGUCUCCUCUUCUGGAGAUGAAGUUUCCAGCGGAACAACCGAGUAUGCCACAAGUGGGAUGACUGAUACUACCACACCUCUCAGCGAUGACACAUCAGCAACCGAGACUGGUUCUGGCCUUACAGAGGAGCCCUUCACUGCAUCUGGAGAUGAAACAAGCAGCACUGUCACACAAGAGCCUGACAGCUCCGUAACUAUGGCAACAAGUACAAUUCCGGAGGGGACAUCAUCGGGUGACGAAGAGUCUAGUGUGACCGAGGAAAUGAUAACAUCCUCUGGGGAAGAAACAACAUCCUCGGAUACAGUGGAGACAAUGUCGCCGCCUACCUCAGUCACAUCCACUCCAGAAGAAGGAUCCCCUGUAACUGAGGAAAUGGUCACCUCUUCUGGAGAUGAAGUUUCCAGCGGAACAACCGAGUAUGCCACAAGUGGCAUGACUGACACUACCACACCUCUCAGCGUUGACACAUCAGCAACCGAGACUGGUUCUGGCCUUACAGAGGAGCCCUUCACUGCAUCUGGAGAUGAAACAAGCAGCACUGUCACACAAGAGCUUGACAGCACCGUCACUAUGGCAACAAGUACAAUUCCGGAGGGGACAUCAUCGGGUGAUGAAGAGUCUGGUGUGACGGAGGAAAUUAUAACAUCCUCUGGGGAAGAAACAACACCCUCGGAUACAGUGGAGACAAUGUCGCCGCCUACCUCAGUCACAUCCACUCCAGAAGAAGGAUCCCCUGUAACUGAGGAAAUGGUCUCCUCUUCUGGAGAUGAAGUUUCCAGCGGAACAACCGAGUAUGCCACAAGUGGGAUGACUGAUACUACCACACCUCUCAGCGAUGACACAUCAGCAACCGAGACUGGUUCUGGUCUUACAGAGGAGCCCUUCACUGCAUCUGGAGAUGAAACAAGCAGCACUGUCACACAAGAGCCUGACAGCUCCGUAACUAUGGCAACAAGUACAAUUCCGGAGGGGACAUCAUCGGGUGAUGAAGAGUCUGGUGUGACGGAGGAAAUGAUAACAUCCUCUGGGGAAGAAACAACAUCCUCGGAUACAGUGGAGACAAUGUCGCCGCCUACCUCAGUCACACCCACUCCAGAAAAAGGAUCCCCUGUAACUGAGGAAAUGGUCACCUCUUCUGGAGAUGAAGUUUCCAGCGGAACAACCGAGUAUGCCACAAGUGGCAUGACUGACACUACCACACCUCUCAGCGUUGACACAUCAGCAACCGAGACUGGUUCUGGUCUUACAGAGGAGCCCUUCACUGCAUCUGGAGAUGAAACAAGCAGCACUGUCACACAAGAGCCUGACAGCACCGUCACUAUGGCAACAAGUACAAUUCCGGAGGGGACAUCAUCGGGUGAUGAAGAGUCUGGUGUGACGGAGGAAAUGAUAACAUCCUCUGGGGAAGAAACAACACCCUCGGAUACAGUGGAGACAAUGUCGCCGCCUACAUCAGCCACAUCCACUCCAGAAGAAGGAUCCCCUGUAACUGAGGAAAUGGUCACCUCUUCUGGAGAUGAAGUUUCCAGCGGAACAACCGAGUAUGCCACAAGUGGCAUGACUGACACUACCACACCUCUCAGCGAUGACACAUCAGCAACCGAGACUGGUUCUGGUCUUACAGAGGAGCCCUUCACUGCAUCUGGAGAUGAAACAAGCAGCACUGUCACACAAGAGCCUGACAGCACCGUCACUAUGGCAACAAGUACAAUUCCGGAGGGGACAUCAUCGGGUGAUGAAGAGUCUGGUGUGACGGAGGAAAUGAUAACAUCCUCUGGGGAAGAAACAACACCCUCGGAUACAGUGGAGACAAUGUCGCCGCCUACCUCAGUCACAUCCACUCCAGAAGAAGGAUCCCCUGUAACUGAGGAAAUGGUCACCUCUUCUGGAGAUGAAGUUUCCAGCGGAACAACCGAGUAUGCCACAAGUGGGAUGACUGACACUACCACACAUCUCAGCGAUGACACAUCAGCAACCGAGACUGGUUCUGGUCUGACAGAGGAGCCCUUCACUGCAUCUGGAGAUGAAACAAGCAGCACUGUCACACAAGAGCCUGACAGCUCCGUAACUAUGCCAACAAGUACAAUUCCGGAGGGGACAUCAUCGGGUGAUGAAGAGUCUGGUGUGACAGAGGAAAUGAUAACAUCCUCUGGGGAAGAAACAACACCCUCGGAUACAGUGGAGACAAUGUCGCCGCCUACAUCAGCCACAUCAACUCCAGAAGAAGGAUCCCCUGUAACUGAGGAAAUGGUCACCUCUUCUGGAGAUGAAGUUUCCAGCGGAACAACCGAGUAUGCCACAAGUGGCAUGACUGACACUACCACACCUCUCAGCGUUGACACAUCAGCAACCGAGACUGGUUCUGGCCUUACAGAGGAGCCCUUCACUGCAUCUGGAGAUGAAACAAGCAGCACUGUCACACAAGAGCUUGACAGCACCGUCACUAUGGCAACAAGUACAAUUCCGGAGGGGACAUCAUCGGGUGAUGAAGAGUCUGGUGUGACGGAGGAAAUGAUAACAUCCUCUGGGGAAGAAACAACACCCUCGGAUACAGUGGAGACAAUGUCGCCGCCUACAUCAGCCACAUCAACUCCAGAAGAAGGAUCCCCUGUAACUGAGGAAAUGGUCACCUCUUCUGGAGAUGAAGUUUCCAGCGGAACAACCGAGUAUGCCACAAGUGGCAUGACUGACACUACCACACCUCUCAGCGUUGACACAUCAGCAACCGAGACUGGUUCUGGCCUUACAGAGGAGCCCUUCACUGCAUCUGGAGAUGAAACAAGCAGCACUGUCACACAAGAGCUUGACAGCACCGUCACUAUGGCAACAAGUACAAUUCCGGAGGGGACAUCAUCGGGUGAUGAAGAGUCUGGUGUGACGGAGGAAAUGAUAACAUCCUCUGGGGAAGAAACAACACCCUCGGAUACAGUGGAGACAAUGUCGCCGCCUACAUCAGCCACAUCAACUCCAGAAGAAGGAUCCCCUGUAACUGAGGAAAUGGUCACCUCUUCUGGAGAUGAAGUUUCCAGCGGAACAACCGAGUAUGCCACAAGUGGCAUGACUGACACUACCACACCUUUCAGCGAUGACACAUCAGCAACCGAGACUGGUUCUGGUCUUACAGAGGAGCCCUUCACUGCAUCUGGAGAUGAAACAAGCAGCACUGUCACACAAGAGCCUGACAGCACCGUCACUAUGGCAACAAGUACAAUUCCGGAGGGGACAUCAUCGGGUGAUGAAGAGUCUGGUGUGACGGAGGAAAUGAUAACAUCCUCUGGGGAAGAAACAACAUCCUCGGAUACAGUGGAGACAAUGUCGCCGCCUACCUCAGUAACAUCCACUCCAGAAGAAGGAUCCCCUGUAACUGAGGAAAUGGUCACCUCUUCUGGAGAUGAAGUGUCCAGCGGAACAACCGAGUAUGCCACAAGUGGCAUGACUGACACUACCACACCUCUCAGCGAUGACACAUCAGCAACCGAGACUGGUUCUGGUCUUACAGAGGAGCCCUUCACUGCAUCUGGAGAUGAAACAAGCAGCACUGUCACACAAGAGCCUGACAGCACCGUCACUAUGGCAACAAGUACAAUUCCGGAGGGGACAUCAUCGGGUGAUGAAGAGUCUGGUGUGACGGAGGAAAUGAUAACAUCCCCUAGGGAAGAAACAACACCCUCGGAUACAGUGGAGACAAUGUCGCCGCCUACAUCAGCCACAUCAACUCCAGGAGAAGGAUCCCCUGUAACUGAGGAAAUGGUCACCUCUUCUGGAGAUGAAGUUUCCAGCGGAACAACCGAGUAUGCCACAAGUGGCAUGACUGACACUACCACACCUCUCAGCGUUGACACAUCAGCAACCGAGACUGGUUCUGGUCUUACAGAGGAGCCCUUCACUGCAUCUGGAGAUGAAACAAGCAGCACUGUCACACAAGAGCUUGACAGCACCGUCACUAUGGCAACAAGUACAAUUCCGGAGGGGACAUCAUCGGGUGAUGAAGAGUCUGGUGUGACGGAGGAAAUGAUAACAUCCUCUGGGGAAGAAACAACACCCUCGGAUACAGUGGAGACAAUGUCGCCGCCUACAUCAGCCACAUCAACUCCAGAAGAAGGAUCCCCUGUAACUGAGGAAAUGGUCACCUCUUCUGGAGAUGAAGUUUCCAGCGGAACAACCGAGUAUGCCACAAGUGGCAUGACUGACACUACCACACCUUUCAGCGAUGACACAUCAGCAACCGAGACUGGUUCUGGUCUUACAGAGGAGCCCUUCACUGCAUCUGGAGAUGAAACAAGCAGCACUGUCACACAAGAGCCUGACAGCACCGUCACUAUGGCAACAAGUACAAUUCCGGAGGGGACAUCAUCGGGUGAUGAAGAGUCUGGUGUGACGGAGGAAAUGAUAACAUCCUCUGGGGAAGAAACAACACCCUCGGAUACAGUGGAGACAAUGUCGCCGCCUACAUCAGCCACAUCCACUCCAGAAGAAGGAUCCCCUGUAACUGAGGAAAUGGUCACCUCUUCUGGAGAUGAAGUGUCCAGCGGAACAACCGAGUAUGCCACAAGUGGCAUGACUGACACUACCACACCUCUCAGCGAUGACACAUCAGCAACCGAGACUGGUUCUGGUCUUACAGAGGAGCCCUUCACUGCAUCUGGAGAUGAAACAAGCAGCACUGUCACACAAGAGCCUGACAGCACCGUCACUAUGGCAACAAGUACAAUUCCGGAGGGGACAUCAUCGGGUGAUGAAGAGUCUGGUGUGACGGAGGAAAUGAUAACAUCCUCUGGGGAAGAAACAACAUCCUCGGAUACAGUGGAGACAAUGUCGCCGCCUACCUCAGUAACAUCCACUCCAGAAGAAGGAUCCCCUGUAACUGAGGAAAUGGUCACCUCUUCUGGAGAUGAAGUGUCCAGCGGAACAACCGAGUAUGCCACAAGUGGCAUGACUGACACUACCACACCUCUCAGCGAUGACACAUCAGCAACCGAGACUGGUUCUGGUCUUACAGAGGAGCCCUUCACUGCAUCUGGAGAUGAAACAAGCAGCACUGUCACACAAGAGCCUGACAGCACCGUCACUAUGGCAACAAGUACAAUUCCGGAGGGGACAUCAUCGGGUGAUGAAGAGUCUGGUGUGACGGAGGAAAUGAUAACAUCCCCUAGGGAAGAAACAACACCCUCGGAUACAGUGGAGACAAUGUCGCCGCCUACAUCAGCCACAUCAACUCCAGGAGAAGGAUCCCCUGUAACUGAGGAAAUGGUCACCUCUUCUGGAGAUGAAGUUUCCAGCGGAACAACCGAGUAUGCCACAAGUGGCAUGACUGACACUACCACACCUCUCAGCGUUGACACAUCAGCAACCGAGACUGGUUCUGGUCUUACAGAGGAGCCCUUCACUGCAUCUGGAGAUGAAACAAGCAGCACUGUCACACAAGAGCUUGACAGCACCGUCACUAUGGCAACAAGUACAAUUCCGGAGGGGACAUCAUCGGGUGAUGAAGAGUCUGGUGUGACGGAGGAAAUGAUAACAUCCUCUGGGGAAGAAACAACACCCUCGGAUACAGUGGAGACAAUGUCGCCGCCUACCUCAGUCACAUCCACUCCAGAAGAAGGAUCCCCUGUAACUGAGGAAAUGGUCACCGCUUCUGGAGAUGAAGUUUCCAGCGGAACAACCGAGUAUGCCACAAAGGAGCCCUUCACUGCAUCUGGAGAUGAAACAAGCAGCACUGUCACACAAGAGCCUGACAGCUCCGUAACUAUGGCAACAAGUACAAUUCCGGAGGGGACAUCAUCGGGUGAUGAAGAGUCUGGUGUGACGGAGGAAAUGAUAACAUCCUCUGGGGAAGAAACAACACCCUCGGAUACAGUGGAGACAAUGUCGCCGCCUACAUCAGCCACAUCAACUCCAGAAGAAGGAUCCCCUGUAACUGAGGAAAUGGUCACCUCUUCUGGAGAUGAAGUUUCCAGCGGAACAACCGAGUAUGCCACAAGUGGCAUGACUGACACUACCACACCUUUCAGCGAUGACACAUCAGCAACCGAGACUGGUUCUGGUCUUACAGAGGAGCCCUUCACUGCAUCUGGAGAUGAAACAAGCAGCACUGUCACACAAGAGCCUGACAGCACCGUCACUAUGGCAACAAGUACAAUUCCGGAGGGGACAUCAUCGGGUGAUGAAGAGUCUGGUGUGACGGAGGAAAUGAUAACAUCCUCUGGGGAAGAAACAACACCCUCGGAUACAGUGGAGACAAUGUCGCCGCCUACAUCAGCCACAUCAACUCCAGAAGAAGGAUCCCCUGUAACUGAGGAAAUGGUCACCUCUUCUGGAGAUGAAGUGUCCAGCGGAACAACCGAGUAUGCCACAAGUGGCAUGACUGACACUACCACACCUCUCAGCGAUGACACAUCAGCAACCGAGACUGGUUCUGGUCUUACAGAGGAGCCCUUCACUGCAUCUGGAGAUGAAACAAGCAGCACUGUCACACAAGAGCCUGACAGCACCGUCACUAUGGCAACAAGUACAAUUCCGGAGGGGACAUCAUCGGGUGAUGAAGAGUCUGGUGUGACGGAGGAAAUGAUAACAUCCUCUGGGGAAGAAACAACAUCCUCGGAUACAGUGGAGACAAUGUCGCCGCCUACCUCAGUAACAUCCACUCCAGAAGAAGGAUCCCCUGUAACUGAGGAAAUGGUCACCUCUUCUGGAGAUGAAGUGUCCAGCGGAACAACCGAGUAUGCCACAAGUGGCAUGACUGACACUACCACACCUCUCAGCGAUGACACAUCAGCAACCGAGACUGGUUCUGGUCUUACAGAGGAGCCCUUCACUGCAUCUGGAGAUGAAACAAGCAGCACUGUCACACAAGAGCCUGACAGCACCGUCACUAUGGCAACAAGUACAAUUCCGGAGGGGACAUCAUCGGGUGAUGAAGAGUCUGGUGUGACGGAGGAAAUGAUAACAUCCCCUAGGGAAGAAACAACACCCUCGGAUACAGUGGAGACAAUGUCGCCGCCUACAUCAGCCACAUCAACUCCAGGAGAAGGAUCCCCUGUAACUGAGGAAAUGGUCACCUCUUCUGGAGAUGAAGUUUCCAGCGGAACAACCGAGUAUGCCACAAGUGGCAUGACUGACACUACCACACCUCUCAGCGUUGACACAUCAGCAACCGAGACUGGUUCUGGUCUUACAGAGGAGCCCUUCACUGCAUCUGGAGAUGAAACAAGCAGCACUGUCACACAAGAGCCUGACAGCUCCGUAACUAUGCCAACAAGUACAAUCCCGGAGGGGACAUCAUCGGGUGAUGAAGAGUCUGGUGUGACGGAGGAAAUGAUAACAUCCUCUGGGGAAGAAAAGACAACUUUUGGAGAUGAAAUCACAACACCAACAGAAUAUGGAUUUUCUUCAUUAGAAUUAGAUCCAAAAGUGACUUUGCAAGCAUUUAAUAGAGUGGAAAAGACGACGGAAAUAUUUUCGGGAGAACAAACGACAGCUGUAGACGAAAGCCUGUCCAUUCCAACCGUGACCACAGACACUGUCGAAACUGUAACACUAGCCGAUGAGGGAUCAGCAAUAACAGAGGAAAUGAUAACAUCUUCAGGAGAAGAGACUUCAAGUGGUGCAACACCAGAAACAACAAGUCCAGUGACUGUCACCACUCUAGCACCAGACGACAAACAAACAGUGACUGAAGACUUCUCUGGCAUAACUGAAGAUAUGUUUACAGCCUCAGGAGAUGAAACGGGAAGCACAACAACAGCAGAGACCACUAGUCCUGCCACAAUGUCUACCUCCCAGGCAGGAGAAAUGACAACUUCAGGAGAUGAAGGAUCAGGUGUGACAGAGGAAAUGCUGACGUUUUCGGGAGAACAAACGACAGCUGUAGAGGAAAGCCUGUCCAUUCCAACCGUGACCACAGACACUGUCCAAACUGCAGCACUACCCGAUGAAGGAUCAGCAAUAACAGAGGAAAUGAUAACAUCUUCAGGAGAAGAGACUUCAAGUGGUGCAACACCAGAAACAACAAGUCCAGUGACUGUCACCACUCUAGCACCAGACGACAAACAAACAGUGACUGAAGACUUCUCUGGCAUAACAAUAACUGAAGAUAUGUUUACAGCCUCAGGAGAUGAAACGGGAAGCACAACAACAGCAGAGACUACUAGUCCUGCCACAAUGUCUACCUCCCAGGAAGAAGAAAUGACAAGUUCAGGAGAUGAAGGAUCAGGUGUGACAGAGGAAAUGCUGACGUUUUCGGGAGAACAAACCACAGCUGUAGACGAAAGCCUGUCCAUUCCAACCGUGACCACAGACACUGUCCAAACUGCAGCACUACCCGAUGAAGGAUCAGCAAUAACAGAGGAAAUGAUAACAUCUUCAGGAGAAGAGACUUCAAGUGGUGCAACACCAGAAACAACAAGUCCAGUGACUGUCACCACUCUAGCACCAGACGACAAACAAACAGUGACUGAAGACUUCUCUGGCAUAACUGAAGAUAUGUUUACAGCCUCAGGAGAUGAAACGGGAAGCACAACAACAGCAGAGACCACUAGUCCUGCCACAAUGUCUACCUCCCAGGCAGGAGAAAUGACAACUUCAGGAGAUGAAGGAUCAGGUGUGACAGAGGAAAUGCUGACGUUUUCGGGAGAACAAACGACAGCUGUAGAGGAAAGCCUGUCCAUUCCAACCGUGACCACAGACACUGUCCAAACUGCAGCACUACCCGAUGAAGGAUCAGCAAUAACAGAGGAAAUGAUAACAUCUUCAGGAGAAGAGACUUCAAGUGGUGCAACACCAGAAACAACAAGUCCAGUGACUGUCACCACUCUAGCACCAGACGACAAACAAACAGUGACUGAAGACUUCUCUGGCAUAACAAUAACUGAAGAUAUGUUUACAGCCUCAGGAGAUGAAACGGGAAGCACAACAACAGCAGAGACUACUAGUCCUGCCACAAUGUCUACCUCCCAGGAAGAAGAAAUGACAAGUUCAGGAGAUGAAGGAUCAGGUGUGACAGAGGAAAUGCUGACGUUUUCGGGAGAACAAACCACAGCUGUAGACGAAAGCCUGUCCAUUCCAACCGUGACCACAGACACUGUCCAAACUGCAGCACUACCCGAUGAAGGAUCAGCAAUAACAGAGGAAAUGAUAACAUCUUCAGGAGAAGAGACUUCAAGUGGUGCAACACCAGAAACAACAAGUCCAGUGACUGUCACCACUCUAGCACCAGACGACAAACAAACAGUGACUGAAGACUUCUCCGGCAUAACUGAAGAUAUGUUUACAGCCUCAGGAGAUGAAACGGGAAGCACAACAACAGCAGAGACUACUAGUCCUGAAACAAUGUCUACCUCCCAGGCAGGAGAAAUGACAAGUUCAGGAGAUGAAGGAUCAGGUGUGACAGAGGAAAUGCUGACGUUUUCGGGAGGACAAACAACAGCUGCAGACGAAAGCCUGUCCAUUCCAACCGUGACCACAGACACUGUCCAAACUGGUACACUACCCGAUGAGCGAUCAGCAAUAACCGAGGAAAUGAUAACAUCUUCAGGAGAAGAGACUUCAAGUGGUGCAACACCAGAAACAACAAGUCCAGUGACUGUCACCACUAUUGCACCACACGACAAACAAACAGUGACUGAAGACUUCUCCGGCAUAACUGAAGAUAUGUUUACAGCCUCAGGAGAUGAAACGGGAAGCACAACAACAGCAGAGACUACUAGUCCUGAAACAAUGUCUACCUCCCAGGCAGGAGAAAUGACAAGUUCAGGAGAUGAAGGAUCAGGUGUGACAGAGGAAAUGCUGACGUUUUCGGGAGAACAAACGACAGUUGUAGACGAAAGCCUGUCCAUUCCAACCGUGACCACAGACACUGUCCAAACUGCAGCACUACCCGAUGAGGGAUCAGGAAUAACCGAGGAAAUGAUAACAUCUUCAGGAGAAGAGACUUCAAGUGGUGCAACACCAGAAACAACAAGUCCAGUGACUGUCACCACUCUAGCACCAGACGACAAACAAACAGUGACUGAAGACUUCUCCGGCAUAACUGAAGAUAUGUUUACAGCCUCAGGAGAUGAAACGGGAAGCACAACAACAGCAGAGACUACUAGUCCUGCUACAAUGUCUACCUCCGAGGCAGAAGAAAUGACAACUUCAGGAGAUGAAGGAUCAGGUGUGACAGAGGAAAUGCUGACGUUUUCGGGAGAACAAACGACAGUUGUAGACGAAAGCCUGUCCAUUCCAACCGUGACCACAGACACUGUCCAAACUGCAGCACUACCCAAUGAGGGAUCAGCAAUAACCGAGGAAAUGAUAACAUCUUCAGGAGAAGAGACUUCAAGUGGUGCAACACCAGAAACAACAAGUCCAGUGACUGUCACCACUCUAGCACCAGACGACAAACAAACAGUGACUGAAGACUUCUCCGGCAUAACUGAAGAUAUGUUUACAGCCUCAGGAGAUGAAACGGGAAGCACAACAACAGCAGAGACUACUAGUCCUGCUACAGUGUCUACCUCCCAGGCAGAAGAAAUGACAACUUCAGGAGAUGAAGGAUCAGGUGUGACAGAGGAAAUGCUGACGUUUUCGGGAGGACAAACAACAGCUGCAGACGAAAGCCUGUCCAUUCCAACCGUGACCACAGACACUGUCCAAACUGCAACACUACCCGAUGAGGGAUCAGCAGUAACCGAGGAAAUGAUAACAUCUUCAGGAGAAGAGACUUCAAGUGGUGCAACACCAGAAACAACAAGUCCAGUGACUGUCACCACUUUUGCACCACACGACAAACAAACAGUGACUGAAGACUUCUCCAGCAUAACUGAAGAUAUGUUUACAGCCUCAGGAGAUGAAACGGGAAGCACAACAACAGCAGAGACUACUAGUCCUGAAACAAUGUCUACCGCCCAGGCAGGAGAAAUGACAACUUCAGGAGAUGAAGGAUCAGGUGUGACAAAGGAAAUGCUGACGUUUUCGGGAGAACAAACGACAGCUGUAGACGAAAGCCUGUCCAUUCCAACCGUGACCACAGACACUGUCCAAACUGCAGCACUACCCGAUGAGGGAUCAGCAAUAACAGAGGAAAUGAUAACAUCUUCAGGAGAAGAGACUUCAAGUGGUGCAACACCAGAAACAACAAGUCCAGUGACUGUCACCACUCUAGCACCAGACGACAAACAAACAGUGACUGAAGACUUCUCCGGCAUAACUGAAGAUAUGUUUACAGCCUCAGGAGAUGAAACGGGAAGCACAACAACAGCAGAGACUACUAGUCCUGCUACAAUGUUUACCUCCCAGGCAGGAGAAAUGACAAGUUCAGGAGAUGAAGGAUCAGGUGUGACAGAGGAAAUGCUGACGUUUUCGGGAGGACAAACAACAGCUGCAGACGAAAGCCUGUCCAUUCCAACCGUGACCACAGACACUGUCCAAACUGCAACACUACCCGAUGAGGGAUCAGCAGUAACCGAGGAAAUGAUAACAUCUUCAGGAGAAGAGACUUCAAGUGGUGCAACACCAGAAACAACAAGUCCAGUGACUGUCACCACUUUUGCACCACACGACAAACAAACAGUGACUGAAGACUUCUCCGGCAUAACUGAAGAUAUGUUUACAGCCUCAGGAGAUGAAACGGGAAGCACAACAACAGCAGAGACUACUAGUCCUGAAACAAUGUCUACCGCCCAGGCAGGAGAAAUGACAAGUUCAGGAGAUGAAGGAUCAGGUGUGACAGAGGAAAUGCUGACGUUUUCGGGAGAACAAACGACAGCUGUAGACGAAAGCCUGUCCAUUCCCACCGUGACCACAGACACUGUCCAAACUGCAGCACUACCCGAUGAGGGAUCAGCAAUAACAGAGGAAAUGAUAACAUCUUCAGGAGAAGAGACUUCAAGUGGUGCAACACCAGAAACAACAAGUCCAGUGACUGUCACCACUUUUGCACCACACGACAAACAAACAGUGACUGAAGACUUCUCCGGCAUAACUGAAGAUAUGUUUACAGCCUCAGGAGAUGAAACGGGAAGCACAACAACAGCAGCGACUACUAGUCCUGAAACAAUGUCUACCGCCCAGGCAGGAGAAAUGACAAGUUCAGGAGAUGAAGGAUCAGGUGUGACAGAGGAAAUGCUGACGUUUUCGGGAGAACAAACGACAGUUGUAGACGAAAGCCUGUCCAUUCCAACCGUGACCACAGACACUGUCCAAACUGCAGCACUACCCGAUGAGGGAUCAGCAAUAACCGAGGAAAUGAAAACAUCUUCAGGAGAAGAGACUUCAAGUGGUGCAACACCAGAAACAACAAGUCCAGUGACUGUCACCACUCUAGCACCAGACGACAAACAAACAGUGACUGAAGACUUCUCCGACAUAACUGAAGAUAUGUUUACAGCCUCAGGAGAUGAAACGGGAAGCACAACAACAGCAGAGACUACUAGUCCUGCCACAAUGUUUACCUCCCAGGCAGGAGAAAUGACAAGUUCAGGAGAUGAAGGAUCAGGUGUGACAGAGGAAAUGCUGACGUUUUCGGGAGGACAAACAACAGCUGUAGACGAAAGCCUGUCCAUUCCAACCGUGACCACAGACACUGUCCAAACUGCAACACUACCCGAUGAGGGAUCAGCGGUAACAGAGGAAAUGAUAACAUCUUCAGGAGAAGAGACUUCAAGUGGUGCAACACCAGAAACAACAAGUCCAGUGACUGUCACCACUCUAGCACCAGACGACAAACAAACAAUGACUGAAGACUUCUCCAGCAUAACUGAAGAUAUGUUUACAGCCUCAGGGGAUGAAACGGGAAGCACAACAACAGCAGAGACUACUAGUCCUGCCACAAUGUUUACCUCCCAGGCAGGAGAAAUGACAAGUUCAGGAGAUGAAGGAUCAGGUGUGACAGAGGAAAUGCUGACGUUUUCGGGAGAACAAACGACAGUUGUAGACGAAAGCCUGUCCAUUCCAACCGUGACCACAGACACUGUCCAAACUGCAGCACUACCCGAUGAGGGAUCAGCAAUAACCGAGGAAAUGAUAACAUCUUCAGGAGAAGAGACUUCAAGUGGUGCAACACCAGAAACAACAAGUACAGUGACUGUCACCACUUUUGCACCAGACGACAAACAAACAGUGACUGAAGACUUCUCUGGCAAAACUGAAGAUAUGUUUACAGCCUCGGGAGAUGAAACGGGAAGCACAACAACAGCAGAGACUACUAGUCCUGCUACAAUGUCUACCGCCCAGGCAGGAGAAAUGACAAGUUCAGGAGAUGAAGGAUCAGGUGUGACAGAGGAAAUGCUGACGUUUUCGGGAGAACAAACGACAGCUGUAGACGAAAGCCUGUCCAUUCCAACCGUGACCACAGACACUGUCCAAACUGCAGCACUACCCGAUGAGGGAUCAGCAAUAACCGAGGAAAUGAUAACAUCUUCAGGAGAAGAGACUUCAAGUGGUGCAACACCAGAAACAACAAGUCCAGUGACUGUCACCACUCUAGCACCAGACGACAAACAAACAGUGACUGAAGACUUCUCCGGCAUAACUGAAGAUAUGUUUACAGCCUCAGGAGAUGAAACGGGAAGCACAACAACAGCAGAGACUACUAGUCCUGCUACAAUGUCUACCUCCCAGGCAGAAGAAAUGACAACUUCAGGAGAUGAAGGAUCAGGUGUGACAGAGGAAAUGCUGACGUUUUCGGGAGAACAAACGACAGCUGUAGACGAAAGCCUGUCCAUUCCAACCGUGACCACAGACAGUGUCCAAACUGCAACACUACCCGAUGAGGGAUCAGCAAUAACAGAGGAAAUGAUAACAUCUUCAGGAGAAGAGACUUCAAGUGGUGCAACACCAGAAACAACAAGUCCAGUGACUGUCACCACUCUAGCACCAAACGACAAACAAACAGUGACUGAAGACUUCUCCGGCAUAACUGAAGAUAUGUUUACAGCCUCAGGAGAUGAAACGGGAAGCACAACAACAGCAGAGACUACUAGUCUUGCUACAAUGUCUACCUCCCAGGCAGAAGAAAUGACAAGUUCAGGAGAUGAAGGAUCAGGUGUGACAGAGGAAAUGUUGACGUUUUCGGGAGGACAAACAACAGCUGCAGACGAAAGCCUGUCCAUUCCAACCGUGACCACAGACACUGUCCAAACUGCAACACUACCCGAUGAGCGAUCAGCAGUAACCGAGGAAAUGAUAACAUCUUCAGGAGAAGAGACUUCAAGUGGUGCAACACCAGAAACAACAAGUCCAGUGACUGUCACCACUCUAGCACCAGACGACAAACAAACAGUGACUGAAGACUUCUCCGGCAUAACUGAAGAUAUGUUUACAGCCUCAGGAGAUGAAACGGGAAGCACAACAACAGCAGAGACUACUAGUCCUGCUACAAUGUCUACCUCCCAGGCAGAAGAAAUGACAACUUCAGGAGAUGAAGGAUCAGGUGUGACAGAGGAAAUGCUGACGUUUUCGGGAGAACAAACGACAGCUGUAGACGAAAGCCUGUCCAUUCCAACCGUGACCACAGACAGUGUCCAAACUGCAACACUACCCGAUGAGGGAUCAGCAAUAACAGAGGAAAUGAUAACAUCUUCAGGAGAAGAGACUUCAAGUGGUGCAACACCAGAAACAACAAGUCCAGUGACUGUCACCACUCUAGCACCAAACGACAAACAAACAGUGACUGAAGACUUCUCCGGCAUAACUGAAGAUAUGUUUACAGCCUCAGGAGAUGAAACGGGAAGCACAACAACAGCAGAGACUACUAGUCUUGCUACAAUGUCUACCUCCCAGGCAGAAGAAAUGACAAGUUCAGGAGAUGAAGGAUCAGGUGUGACAGAGGAAAUGUUGACGUUUUCGGGAGGACAAACAACAGCUGCAGACGAAAGCCUGUCCAUUCCAACCGUGACCACAGACACUGUCCAAACUGCAACACUACCCGAUGAGCGAUCAGCAGUAACCGAGGAAAUGAUAACAUCUUCAGGAGAAGAGACUUCAAGUGGUGCAACACCAGAAACAACAAGUCCAGUGACUGUCACCACUUUUGCACCACACGACAAACAAACAGUGACUGAAGACUUCUCCGGCAUAACUGAAGAUAUGUUUACAGCCUCAGGAGAUGAAACGGGAAGCACAACAACAGCAGAGACUACUAGUCCUGCCACAAUGUCUACCGCCCAGGCAGGAGAAAUGACAAGUUCAGGAGAUGAAGGAUCAGGUGUGACAGAGGAAAUGCUGACGUUUUCGGGAGAACAAACGACAGCUGUAGACGAAAGCCUGUCCAUUCCAACCGUGACCACAGACAGUGUCCAAACUGCAACACUACCCGAUGAGGGAUCAGCAAUAACAGAGGAAAUGAUAACAUCUUCAGGAGAAGAGACUUCAAGUGGUGCAACACCAGAAACAACAAGUCCAGUGACUGUCACCACUCUAGCACCAAACGACAAACAAACAGUGACUGAAGACUUCUCCGGCAUAACUGAAGAUAUGUUAACAGCCUCAGGAGAUGAAACGGGAAGCACAACAACAGCAGAGACUACUAGUCUUGCUACAAUGUCUACCUCCCAGGCAGAAGAAAUGACAAGUUCAGGAGAUGAAGGAUCAGGUGUGACAGAGGAAAUGCUGACGUUUUCGGGAGGACAAACAACAGCUGCAGACGAAAGCCUGUCCAUUCCAACCGUGACCACAGACACUGUCCAAACUGCAACACUACCCGAUGAGCGAUCAGCAGUAACCGAGGAAAUGAUAACAUCUUCAGGAGAAGAGACUUCAAGUGGUGCAACACCAGAAACAACAAGUCCAGUGACUGUCACCACUUUUGCACCACACGACAAACAAACAGUGACUGAAGACUUCUCCGGCAUAACUGAAGAUAUGUUUACAGCCUCAGGAGAUGAAACGGGAAGCACAACAACAGCAGAGACUACUAGUCCUGAAACAAUGUCUACCGCCCAGGCAGGAGAAAUGACAAGUUCAGGAGAUGAAGGAUCAGGUGUGACAGAGGAAAUGCUGACGUUUUCGGGAGAACAAACGACAGCUGUAGACGAAAGCCUGUCCAUUCCAACCGUGACCACAGACACUGUCCAAACUGCAACACUACCCGAUGAGGGAUCAGCAAUAACCGAGGAAAUGAUAACAUCUUCAGGAGAAGAGACUUCAAGUGGUGCAACACCAGAAACAACAAGUCCAGUGACUGUCACCACUUUUGCACCACACGACAAACAAACAGUGACUGAAGACUUCUCCGGCAUAACUGAAGAUAUGUUUACAGCCUCAGGAGAUGAAACGGGAAGCACAACAACAGCAGAGACUACUAGUCCUGCCACAGUGUCUACCGCCCAGGCAGGAGAAAUGACAAGUUCAGAAGAUGAAGGAUCAGGUGUGACAGAGGAAAUGCUGACGUUUUCGGGAGGACAAACAACAGCUGCAGACGAAAGCCUGUCCAUUCCAACCGUGACCACAGACACUGUCCAAACUGCAACACUACCCGAUGAGGGAUCAGCAGUAACCGAGGAAAUGAAAACAUCUUCAGGAGAAGAGACUUCAAGUGGUGCAACACCAGAAACAACAAGUCCAGUAACUGUCACCACUUUUGCACCACACGACAAACAAACAGUGACUGAAGACUUCUCCGGCAUAACUGAAGAUAUGUUUACAGCCUCAGGAGAUGAAACGGGAAGCACAACAACAGCAGAGACUACUAGUCCUGCCACAGUGUCUACCGCCAUGGCAGGAGAAAUGACAAGUUCAGGAGAUGAAGGAUCAGGUGUGACAGAGGAAAUGCUGACGUUUUCGGGAGAACAAACGACAGUUGUAGACGAAAGCCUGUCCAUUCCAACCGUGACCACAGACACUGUCCAAACUGCAACACUACCCGAUGAGGGAUCAGCAAUAACCGAGGAAAUGAUAACAUCUUCAGGAGAAGAGACUUCAAGUGGUGCAACACCAGAAACAACAAGUCCAGUGACUGUCACCACUCUAGCACCAGACGACAAACAAACAGUGACUGAAGACUUCUCCGGCAUAACUGAAGAUAUGUUUACAGCCUCAGGAGAUGAAACGGGAAGCACAACAACAGCAGAGACUACUAGUCCUGCCACAAUGUUUACCUCCCAGGCAGGAGAAAUGACAAGUUCAGGAGAUGAAGGAUCAGGUGUGACAGAGGAAAUGCUGACGUUUUCGGGAGGACAAACAACAGCUGCAGACGAAAGCCUGUCCAUUCCAACCGUGACCACAGACACUGUCCAAACUGCAACACUACCCGAUGAGGGAUCAGCAGUAACCGAGGAAAUGAAAACAUCUUCAGGAGAAGAGACUUCAAGUGGUGCAACACCAGAAACAACAAGUCCAGUGACUGUCACCACUUUUGCACCACACGACAAACAAACAGUGACUGAAGACUUCUCCGGCAUAACUGAAGAUAUGUUUACAGCCUCAGGAGAUGAAACGGGAAGCACAACAACAGCAGAGACUACUAGUCCUGAAACAAUGUCUACCGCCCAGGCAGGAGAAAUGACAAGUUCAGGAGAUGAAGGAUCAGGUGUGACAGAGGAAAUGCUGACGUUUUCGGGAGAACAAACGACAGCUGUAGACGAAAGCCUGUCCAUUCCCACCGUGACCACAGACACUGUCCAAACUGCAGCACUACCCGAUGAGGGAUCAGCAAUAACCGAGGAAAUGAUAACAUCUUCAGGAGAAGAGACUUCAAGUGGUGCAACACCAGAAACAACAAGUCCAGUGACUGUCACCACUCUAGGACCAGACGACAAACAAACAGUGACUGAAGACUUCUCCGGCAUAACUGAAGAUAUGUUUACAGCCUCAGGAGAUGAAACGGGAAGCACAACAACAGCAGAGACUACUAGUCCUGCCACAAUGUUUACCUCCCAGGCAGGAGAAAUGACAAGUUCAGGAGAUGAAGGAUCAGGUGUGACAGAGGAAAUGCUGACGUUUUCGGGAGGACAAACAACAGCUGCAGACGAAAGCCUGUCCAUUCCAACCGUGACCACAGACACUGUCCAAACUGCAACACUACCCGAUGAGGGAUCAGCAGUAACCGAGGAAAUGAUAACAUCGUCAGGAGAAGAGACUUCAAGUGGUGCAACACCAGAAACAACAAGUCCAGUGACUGUCACCACUUUUGCACCACACGACAAACAAACAGUGACUGAAGACUUCUCCGGCAUAACUGAAGAUAUGUUUACAGCCUCAGGAGAUGAAACGGGAAGCACAACAACAUCAGAGACUACUAGUCCUGCCACAAUGUCUACCGCCCAGGCAGGAGAAAUGACAAGUUCAGGAGAUGAAGGAUCAGGUGUGACAGAGGAAAUGCUGACGUUUUCGGGAGAACAAACGACAGCUGUAGACGAAAGCCUGUCCAUUCCAACCGUGACCACAGACACUGUCCAAACUGCAACACUACCCGAUGAGGGAUCAGCAAUAACCGAGGAAAUGAUAACAUCUUCAGGAGAAGAGACUUCAAGUGGUGCAACACCAGAAACAACAAGUCCAGUGACUGUCACCACUUUUGCACCACACGACAAACAAACAGUGACUGAAGACUUCUCCGGCAUAACUGAAAAUAUGUUUACAGACUCAGGAGAUGAAACGGGAAGCACAACAACAGCAGAGACUACUAGUCCUGCUACAAUGUCUACCUCCCAGGCAGAAGAAAUGACAAGUUCAGGAGAUGAAGGAUCAGGUGUGACAGAGGAAAUGCUGACGUUUUCGGGAGAACAAACAACAGCUGCAGACGAAAGCCUGUCCAUUCCAACCGUGACCACAGACACUGUCCAAACUGCAACACUACCCGAUGAGGGAUCAGCAGUAACCGAGGAAAUGAUAACAUCUUCAGGAGAAGGUACUUCAAGUGGUGCAACACCAGAAACAACAAGUCCAGUGACUGUCACCACUUUUGCACCACACGACAAACAAACAGUGACUGAAGACUUCUCCGGCAUAACUGAAGAUAUGUUUACAGCCUCAGGAGAUGAAACGGGAAGCACAACAACAGCAGAGAUUACUAGUCCUGCCACAGUGUCUACCGCCCAGGCAGGAGAAAUGACAAGUUCAGAAGAUGAAGGAUCAGGUGUGACAGAGGAAAUGCUGACGUUUUCGGGAGAACAAACGACAGCUGUAGACGAAAGCCUGUCCAUUCCAACCGUGACCACAGACACUGUCCAAACUGCAACACUACCCGAUGAGGGAUCAGCAAUAACCGAGGAAAUGAUAACAUCUUCAGGAGAAGAGACUUCAAGUGGUGCAACACCAGAAACAACAAGUCCAGUGACUGUCACCACUCUAGCACCAGACGACAAACAAACAGUGACUGAAGACUUCUCCGGCAUAACUGAAGAUAUGUUUACAGCCUCAGGAGAUGAAACGGGAAGCACAACAACAGCAGAGACUACUAGUCCUGCCACAAUGUUUACCUCCCAGGCAGGAGAAAUGACAAGUUCAGGAGAUGAAGGAUCAGGUGUGACAGAGGAAAUGCUGACGUUUUCGGGAGGACAAACAACAGCUGCAGACGAAAGCCUGUCCAUUCCAACCGUGACCACAGACACUGUCCAAACUGCAACACUACCCGAUGAGGGAUCAGCAGUAACCGAGGAAAUGAAAACAUCUUCAGGAGAAGAGACUUCAAGUGGUGCAACACCAGAAACAACAAGUCCAGUAACUGUCACCACUUUUGCACCACACGACAAACAAACAGUGACUGAAGACUUCUCCGGCAUAACUGAAGAUAUGUUUACAGCCUCAGGAGAUGAAACGGGAAGCACAAAAACAGCAGAGACUACUAGUCCUGCCACAGUGUCUACCGCCAUGGCAGGAGAAAUGACAAGUUCAGGAGAUGAAGGAUCAGGUGUGACAGAGGAAAUGCUGACGUUUUCGGGAGAACAAACGACAGCUGUAGACGAAAGCCUGUCCAUUCCAACCGUGACCACAGACACUGUCCAAACUGCAACACUACCCGAUGAGGGAUCAGCAAUAACAGAGGAAAUGAUAACAUCUUCAGGAGAAGAGACUUCAAGUGGUGCAACACCAGAAACAACAAGUCCAGUGACUGUCACCACUCUAGCACCAGACGACAAACAAACAGUGACUGAAGACUUCUCCGGCAUAACUGAAGAUAUGUUUACAGCCUCAGGAGAUGAAACGGGAAGCACAACAACAGCAGAGACUACUAGUCCUGCCACAAUGUUUACCUCCCAGGCAGGAGAAAUGACAAGUUCAGGAGAUGAAGGAUCAGGUGUGACAGAGGAAAUGCUGACGUUUUCGGGAGGACAAACAACAGCUGCAGACGAAAGCCUGUCCAUUCCAACCGUGACCACAGACACUGUCCAAACUGCAACACUACCCGAUGAGGGAUCAGCAGUAACCGAGGAAAUGAAAACAUCUUCAGGAGAAGAGACUUCAAGUGGUGCAACACCAGAAACAACAAGUCCAGUGACUGUCACCACUUUUGCACCACACGACAAACAAACAGUGACUGAAGACUUCUCCGGCAUAACUGAAGAUAUGUUUACAGCCUCAGGAGAUGAAACGGGAAGCACAACAACAGCAGAGACUACUAGUCCUGAAACAAUGUCUACCGCCCAGGCAGGAGAAAUGACAAGUUCAGGAGAUGAAGGAUCAGGUGUGACAGAGGAAAUGCUGACGUUUUCGGGAGAACAAACGACAGCUGUAGACGAAAGCCUGUCCAUUCCAACCGUGACCACAGACACUGUCCAAACUGCAGCACUACCCGAUGAGGGAUCAGCAAUAACCGAGGAAAUGAUAACAUCUUCAGGAGAAGAGACUUCAAGUGGUGCAACACCAGAAACAACAAGUCCAGUGACUGUCACCACUCUAGCACCAGACGACAAACAAACAGUGACUGAAGACUUCUCCGGCAUAACUGAAGAUAUGUUUACAGCCUCAGGAGAUGAAACGGGAAGCACAACAACAGCAGAGACUACUAGUCCUGCCACAAUGUUUACCUCCCAGGCAGGAGAAAUGACAAGUUCAGGAGAUGAAGGAUCAGGUGUGACAGAGGAAAUGCUGACGUUUUCGGGAGGACAAACAACAGCUGCAGACGAAAGCCUGUCCAUUCCAACCGUGACCACAGACACUGUCCAAACUGCAACACUACCCGAUGAGGGAUCAGCAGUAACCGAGGAAAUGAUAACAUCGUCAGGAGAAGAGACUUCAAGUGGUGCAACACCAGAAACAACAAGUCCAGUGACUGUCACCACUUUUGCACCACACGACAAACAAACAGUGACUGAAGACUUCUCCGGCAUAACUGAAGAUAUGUUUACAGCCUCAGGAGAUGAAACGGGAAGCACAACAACAUCAGAGACUACUAGUCCUGAAACAAUGUCUACCGCCCAGGCAGGAGAAAUGACAAGUUCAGGAGAUGAAGGAUCAGGUGUGACAGAGGAAAUGCUGACGUUUUCGGGAGAACAAACGACAGCUGUAGACGAAAGCCUGUCCAUUCCAACCGUGACCACAGACACUGUCCAAACUGCAACACUACCCGAUGAGGGAUCAGCAAUAACCGAGGAAAUGAUAACAUCUUCAGGAGAAGAGACUUCAAGUGGUGCAACACCAGAAACAACAAGUCCAGUGACUGUCACCACUUUUGCACCAGACGACAAACAAACAGUGACUGAAGACUUCUCCGGCAUAACUGAAAAUAUGUUUACAGCCUCAGGAGAUGAAACGGGAAGCACAACAACUGCAGAGACUACUAGUCCUGCUACAAUGUCUACCUCCCAGGCAGAAGAAAUGACAACUUCAGGAGAUGAAGGAUCAGGUGUGACAGAGGAAAUGCUGACGUUUUCGGGAGAACAAACAACAGCUGCAGACGAAAGCCUGUCCAUUCCAACCGUGACCACAGACACUGUCCAAACUGCAACACUACCCGAUGAGGGAUCAGCAAUAACCGAGGAAAUGAUAACAUCUUCAGGAGAAGGUACUUCAAGUGGUGCAACACCAGAAACAACAAGUCCAGUGACUGUCACCAGUUUUGCACCACACGACAAACAAACAGUGACUGAAGACUUCUCCGGCAUAACUGAAGAUAUGUUUACAGCCUCAGGAGAUGAAACGGGAAGCACAACAACAGCAGAGACUACUAGUCCUGCCACAGUGUCUACCGCCCAGGCAGGAGAAAUGACAAGUUCAGAAGAUGAAGGAUCAGGUGUGACAGAGGAAAUGCUGACGUUUUCGGGAGAACAAACGACAGCUGUAGACGAAAGCCUGUCCAUUCCAACCGUGACCACAGACACUGUCCAAACUGCAACACUACCCGAUGAGGGAUCAGCAGUAACCGAGGAAAUGAAAACAUCUUCAGGAGAAGAGACUUCAAGUGGUGCAACACCAGAAACAACAAGUCCAGUAACUGUCACCACUUUUGCACCACACGACAAACAAACAGUGACUGAAGACUUCUCCGGCAUAACUGAAGAUAUGUUUACAGCCUCAGGAGAUGAAACGGGAAGCACAAAAACAGCAGAGACUACUAGUCCUGCCACAGUGUCUACCGCCAUGGCAGGAGAAAUGACAAGUUCAGGAGAUGAAGGAUCAGGUGUGACAGAGGAAAUGCUGACGUUUUCGGGAGAACAAACGACAGCUGUAGACGAAAGCCUGUCCAUUCCAACCGUGACCACAGACACUGUCCAAACUGCAACACUACCCGAUGAGGGAUCAGCAAUAACAGAGGAAAUGAUAACAUCUUCAGGAGAAGAGACUUCAAGUGGUGCAACACCAGAAACAACAAGUCCAGUGACUGUCACCACUCUAGCACCAGACGACAAACAAACAGUGACUGAAGACUUCUCCGGCAUAACUGAAGAUAUGUUUACAGCCUCAGGAGAUGAAACGGGAAGCACAACAACAGCAGAGACUACUAGUCUUGCCACAAUGUUUACCUCCCAGGCAGGAGAAAUGACAAGUUCAGGAGAUGAAGGAUCAGGUGUGACAGAGGAAAUGCUGACGUUUUCGGGAGAACAAACAACAGCUGCAGACGAAAGCCUGUCCAUUCCAACCGUGACCACAGACACUGUCCAAACUGCAACACUACCCGAUGAGCGAUCAGCAGUAACCGAGGAAAUGAUAACAUCUUCAGGAGAAGAGACUUCAAGUGGUGCAACACCAGAAACAACAAGUCCAGUGACUGUCACCACUUUUGCACCACACGACAAACAAACAGUGACUGAAGACUUCUCCGGCAUAACUGAAGAUAUGUUUACAGCCUCAGGAGAUGAAACGGGAAGCACAACAACAUCAGAGACUACUAGUCCUGAAACAAUGUCUACCGCCCAGGCAGGAGAAAUGACAAGUUCAGGAGAUGAAGGAUCAGGUGUGACAGAGGAAAUGCUGACGUUUUCGGGAGAACAAACGACAGCUGUAGACGAAAGCCUGUCCAUUCCAACCGUGACCACAGACACUGUCCAAACUGCAACACUACCCGAUGAGGGAUCAGCAAUAACCGAGGAAAUGAUAACAUCUUCAGGAGAAGAGACUUCAAGUGGUGCAACACCAGAAACAACAAGUCCAGUGACUGUCACCACUUUUGCACCAGACGACAAACAAACAGUGACUGAAGACUUCUCCGGCAUAACUGAAAAUAUGUUUACAGCCUCAGGAGAUGAAACGGGAAGCACAACAACUGCAGAGACUACUAGUCCUGCUACAAUGUCUACCUCCCAGGCAGAAGAAAUGACAACUUCAGGAGAUGAAGGAUCAGGUGUGACAGAGGAAAUGCUGACGUUUUCGGGAGAACAAACAACAGCUGCAGACGAAAGCCUGUCCAUUCCAACCGUGACCACAGACACUGUCCAAACUGCAACACUACCCGAUGAGGGAUCAGCAAUAACCGAGGAAAUGAUAACAUCUUCAGGAGAAGGUACUUCAAGUGGUGCAACACCAGAAACAACAAGUCCAGUGACUGUCACCAGUUUUGCACCACACGACAAACAAACAGUGACUGAAGACUUCUCCGGCAUAACUGAAGAUAUGUUUACAGCCUCAGGAGAUGAAACGGGAAGCACAACAACAGCAGAGACUACUAGUCCUGCCACAGUGUCUACCGCCCAGGCAGGAGAAAUGACAAGUUCAGAAGAUGAAGGAUCAGGUGUGACAGAGGAAAUGCUGACGUUUUCGGGAGAACAAACGACAGCUGUAGACGAAAGCCUGUCCAUUCCAACCGUGACCACAGACACUGUCCAAACUGCAACACUACCCGAUGAGGGAUCAGCAGUAACCGAGGAAAUGAAAACAUCUUCAGGAGAAGAGACUUCAAGUGGUGCAACACCAGAAACAACAAGUCCAGUAACUGUCACCACUUUUGCACCACACGACAAACAAACAGUGACUGAAGACUUCUCCGGCAUAACUGAAGAUAUGUUUACAGCCUCAGGAGAUGAAACGGGAAGCACAAAAACAGCAGAGACUACUAGUCCUGCCACAGUGUCUACCGCCAUGGCAGGAGAAAUGACAAGUUCAGGAGAUGAAGGAUCAGGUGUGACAGAGGAAAUGCUGACGUUUUCGGGAGAACAAACGACAGCUGUAGACGAAAGCCUGUCCAUUCCAACCGUGACCACAGACACUGUCCAAACUGCAACACUACCCGAUGAGGGAUCAGCAAUAACAGAGGAAAUGAUAACAUCUUCAGGAGAAGAGACUUCAAGUGGUGCAACACCAGAAACAACAAGUCCAGUGACUGUCACCACUCUAGCACCAGACGACAAACAAACAGUGACUGAAGACUUCUCCGGCAUAACUGAAGAUAUGUUUACAGCCUCAGGAGAUGAAACGGGAAGCACAACAACAGCAGAGACUACUAGUCCUGCCACAAUGUUUACCUCCCAGGCAGGAGAAAUGACAAGUUCAGGAGAUGAAGGAUCAGGUGUGACAGAGGAAAUGCUGACGUUUUCGGGAGGACAAACAACAGCUGCAGACGAAAGCCUGUCCAUUCCAACCGUGACCACAGACACUGUCCAAACUGCAACACUACCCGAUGAGGGAUCAGCAGUAACCGAGGAAAUGAAAACAUCUUCAGGAGAAGAGACUUCAAGUGGUGCAACACCAGAAACAACAAGUCCAGUGACUGUCACCUCUUUUGCACCACACGACAAACAAACAGUGACUGAAGACUUCUCCGGCAUAACUGAAGAUAUGUUUACAGCCUCAGGGGAUGAAACGGGAAGCACAACAACAGCAGAGACUACUAGUCCUGAAAAAAUGUCUACCGCCCAGGCAGGAGAAAUGACAAGUUCAGGAGAUGAAGGAUCAGGUGUGACAGAGGAAAUGCUGACGUUUUCGGGAGAACAAACGACAGCUGUAGACGAAAGCCUGUCCAUUCCCACCGUGACCACAGACACUGUCCAAACUGCAGCACUACCCGAUGAGGGAUCAGCAAUAACAGAGGAAAUGAUAACAUCUUCAGGAGAAGAGACUUCAAGUGGUGCAACACCAGAAACAACAAGUCCAGUGACUGUCACCACUCUAGCACCAGACGACAAACAAACAGUGACUGAAGACUUCUCCGGCAUAACUGAAGAUAUGUUUACAGCCUCAGGAGAUGAAACGGGAAGCACAACAACAGCAGAGAUUACUAGUCCUGCCACAAUGUUUACCUCCCAGGCAGGAGAAAUGACAAGUUCAGGAGAUGAAGGAUCAGGUGUGACAGAGGAAAUGCUGACGUUUUCGGGAGGACAAACAACAGCUGCAGACGAAAGCCUGUCCAUUCCAACCGUGACCACAGACACUGUCCAAACUGCAACACUACCCGAUGAGGGAUCAGCAGUAACCGAGGAAAUGAUAACAUCGUCAGGAGAAGAGACUUCAAGUGGUGCAACACCAGAAACAACAAGUCCAGUGACUGUCACCACUUUUGCACCACACGACAAACAAACAGUGACUGAAGACUUCUCCGGCAUAACUGAAGAUAUGUUUACAGCCUCAGGAGAUGAAACGGGAAGCACAACAACAGCAGAGACUACUAGUCCUGAAACAAUGUCUACCGCCCAGGCAGGAGAAAUGACAAGUUCAGGAGAUGAAGGAUCAGGUGUGACAGAGGAAAUGCUGACGUUUUCGGGAGAACAAACGACAGCUGUAGACAAAAGCCUGUCCAUUCCAACCGUGACCACAGACACUGUCCAAACUGCAGCACUACCCGAUGAGGGAUCAGCAAUAACAGAGGAAAUGAUAACAUCUUCAGGAGAAGAGACUUCAAGUGGUGCAACACCAGAAACAACAAGUCCAGUGACUGUCACCACUCUAGCACCAGACGACAAACAAACAGUGACUGAAGACUUCUCCGGCAUAACUGAAGAUAUGUUUACAGCCUCAGGAGAUGAAACGGGAAGCACAACAACAGCAGAGACUACUAGUCCUGCUACAAUGUCUACCUCCCAGGCAGAAGAAAUGACAAGUUCAGGAGAUGAAGGAUCAGGUGUGACAGAGGAAAUGGUGACGUUUUCGGGAGGACAAACAACAGCUGCAGACGAAAGCCUGUCCAUUCCAACCGUGACCACAGACACUGUCCAAACUGCAACACUACCCGAUGAGGGAUCAGCAGUAACCGAGGAAAUGAUAACAUCGUCAGGAGAAGAGACUUCAAGUGGUGCAACACCAGAAACAACAAGUCCACCUCAGGAGAUGAAACGGGAAGCACAACAACAGCAGAGACUAAUAGUCCUGCCACAAUGUCUACCGCCCAGGCAGGAGAAAUGA